AUGCUGUCUAACCUGCCGCGCGCUGUUAUACAGCCAUUUAUCGUGAUCCGCACCGUCUUAACUAUUGGUCUAAUACGGAUCGCUUCAUCGCUGCCCUUUCUCCAAGACAUGAUCAAGAAAUACAACGAAAGGCACUUUCUUGUGCCUCAUGAGAAUUUCUGGCCUUCCUGGUGUAGCUGGGAUAUGUUAACCACGACCUUGAACAUAGAACUAAGCGAACUGAAAAAGACGGCUCGAGUUGGUUUGGCGGCCCCGAACUGCAAGCUAGUUUCCACGGAGGGACAGAAGUGCAGAGUGCUCGACUUCAUGAAAGGAAAUAGACCUCUGGUUCUUAACUUCGGCAGCUGUACCUGACCUCCGUUUUUCAUCCGUCUUCAGAACGACUUUACCAAAGUUGUUCAGGACUUCGGGGAUGUAGCAGACUUCCUUGUCAUCUAUAUUCGUGAGGCACACCCUUCGGAUGGAUGGAGUUGGAAUGUAAGUACAGUGGUUUCUUUUUUGUCUUGUCUUGCGUAAUAAUAGGUAAUAACUUAAACAUCAUGAAAAUGAUUUUUUUGAUUACUCCCCGGUACUUAGUGACUGAGAUCGUUCUUCAAACAUUUUACAACGGAGUUAAAAAAAAUUACUAUUAGCACAACUGUACGUUUUUGAGCAUGUUAUUGCUUGGCCAAAUUGUUACCACAGACUAACUCGGCGUUGCCGACUGCGUGCUAUCGUGAAAGAGAUGAGCCGUCGCCGUUUUGCGUAGCCAUCUGGCGGCAAAAAGCCAAGAACCAUCUGAAGGACUUGUUUAUUUUGUAAGAACGAACGGUAGAAAAUGAAGUGCCCAAUAUUGGUUGAUUUCCCUUGCUGUCAUGUCCGUAAUAUUAAUGUGCAUGAAGGAUUUAAAUAUAUCAAUGACCUCUCCUCAUGGACUGAUGAAAUCGUGCUCACAGGUGAUUAUGAAACUCUCUGUAUGUUAUCACGAAAAUUCGUAUGUGUUACCCUGCUAAGUUUUGCUUACAUUUCAUAGCUGGUCAAUUAAAGCAUCAGUUUUGAAAAGAAUUGCAAGCAAACGAACAGUUUCCUAAAGCAAUCAUUAGACGUCUGAAACUAAACUCAGUAAAGUUACUUACAUUUUGGUCUGACUUUAAUGUACGUAACAUAUAAUCAGGCCGUCUACUUGAUCGGAAAUUUUCCAGCUUUUUUGUCGAGCGCGGGAGAAGUCUUCUCGUAAAAUUCGGAUAGGUAUGAAAAAAUUUACUUAUAUCCACUAGAAGCUACUCUAGACACUGUAUGCUGUAGCCUACGUCGCAGAGGGAACUAAAAGUCUGGUUAAGUACGUCUGCGAAACAGCGCCAAAAUCGUUUUUCCUCGUUCCCCACCUGUACCAGGAUAUUGGUACGAGCUCUGAUAACAACAACAACAACAACUUUUAUUUAAACAUGGUUAAAAUUAAAGCUAAUACAGCUUGCAUGGGGCCGCCAAGCGUUCCCUUCCCGAGAACGAAGCCCUAAGAACGUCUGCGUGGGACGCCGUAAUUAUCAACGCUUCCUCGCAGACGUUACUAACCGGGGGAUUACGUCUGCGUCGGAGGGCGAUAUGCUUUUAGGCACUCAUGGAUAUUGCGUGAUUAAGUAUGCUUUUCGAGAGUGAAUAACAGUGGUGGGUUAUUUUGAGUUUGACUAAGUGGUCGUGGGUCGUGGGUCGUGGGCAAAAAUCGUGAUAGGUUCGUGCGUGUGGGUAGUUAUUAAUAAUCAGUGUUACUUUAUUCUUAAUAAUUAAUGAUUAGUUGGCAACUAAUAACAUUACAUUUUUACUGUUUGUUAUUAUUGUUACUAAUUAUGGUCUAAGGCGACAUAUAAUUAAUCAUAGGAUUUUGUCUGCAGAAUCGAAAGUCAGAGUCACCUUACAGAACUCCAUCAAACACUCUGGCAGCGAAAGGGUUAAGGAGAGUUUCUUUCCACACCCACGACUUACACUCUCCCUGAUACCCAUGCAUUCUUACCUUACAUUAGAUUUCUUCAGUUUUCAAGAGAUUUUAGGGCCUAAUAUCAAUAAUGUACUGACUUGAAUGACGUGUCCAAAAAAAGUUGCCCUUGUUUGAACUGAACCUCUGCGACUGAUAAAUUGAGCCUUGAUUCCAACAUUAGAAGGAGAAGUGUGACGUCACGUUACCAUGGUAGCAAAAUUUCUGGAUCUUAACAAUCUUUCAUGACAGAGACGGUCAUUUGUAUUGUCGAACGAUGGAAAAAAAUCGUGGGCUACCGUUUUGUUCCUGAGUGCAAUCAAGUACAGGAAAGUCAUACAUGUCAAUUUCUUUGCUUUUUCUGCCAUAUUCAUGGUUCGUUGAGAUCCAGAAAAUUUUUUUCUACCAUGGCAACGUGACGACCGCGUUUAAGGAGAAAAAGUUAAACGUACUUUUAAUUUAAACUGUUUUUCUCAUGGAUAAUAAGUUUGCUCAGAUCUUUGUUACAAAAGGAAAAAAACAUGUUUUCGUCGGUAGAAACCAUCUAACGUUGUCUUAAUUUAUCUUUGUUUUUGAUGCAGAAUAACGUUGAAAUUGCACAGCACAAAUGUUUAAAAGAGAGAUGUCAAGCAGCAGAAAUUUUGAAAUCCAGUGGAUGCCCUGCGCCCAUCAUGGUCGAUACAAUGGAAGAUGAAGCUGAUAAAGCCUAUGGCGCUUUGCCAGAGAGACUGUUUAUUGUACAACAAGGGAAAAUAGUUUACGAAGGAGGCAUGGGCCCGUAUCAUUAUGACCUAACAGAAGUGAGAAGAUGGCUAGAAAAGUGGAAAAAUGAAAACUAGAACAGAAAUAAAGAAGAAGGCAAAUCAAAAGAAGCUGUCCAGUAUAAAAUCCAUUGAAGUAUUGCGGAUAUAUUUAUUAGUAUUCAUUCACAGAAAGCCAGAUCUUUUCAGUCUAUUGUAUUUAUUGCAAACCAAGAGACAUAUUUUUUAAAUAGUUAUAUAUUAUAUGAAUAAUCGAGUACCAGAUAGCAAAAUAGUGUAGGAAGGUUUCUGGCAGAAUCGUAAGCUUAAUCCAGAACGUAAUUUUGUUCGUCCAAUGUCAUAACAGCCCUUUAACCGACUGUUGCUGUGUAACAAUGACAGCCGAAGAUACAAAGCCUCUUUUAGGAUUUCUUUGGCUUGAGGAGUACACAGACCUAACAAAUCGGCAGGAGGAAAUGUAAUGGCUGGAUGAAUAAAGCUGAAAAUGGCCCAAAUUGUCUGAUCGGAUUCACUUUUCUCCCUUCCUACCAAACUAUCCCACGCCUCACUAUUAAUUGAUACUCAUCCCCAGACUAGACUCGGUACAUUCGGAACCAAGAUGACCGCGCCCGUGAGUGAAGGUGCUCCAUCCCGACGACCUUUAGACUACGAGUAGUCCCCAUUUUUCCUCAGGGAUAGUAGAGCGUGCGAGACGCGAACGCGCGUGAAAAUCACCCCACGCGAGAAAGGCGAGAAAGCUACCUUCUUAUUUCUUCCAAUUCAUCUUACAUAGCGCCAUCGUUGUUAAAUUUUUUGCAGUUAUGAUUGAUGAUUACAAUAUAUUAGCCCAAGCUUGAGUAACCAUGGCGACCACGGCACCAAGAACGGC